AUGUCUUUGAGCACGAUAUCACACACUCAUUUGAACCAUGAUGGUACUCAAUCGCUGUCGUUGUCAAGCCGACAUGGCCAUGCUCAAGGUCGCAGCAUGGAUGUUACGGCGUCGACUCUGCACCGAACCAGUCCUCUCGAUCUAGACUUCGCUAAGAUUCGACCACUCAUUAAAUCGGGAACGUACCUUGAACCAAUCGACACAAAUGUCCGCACCUCAAGCGAUGUUCAGGCCGUUUCUCCAACUACACCAAGUGAUCCAUCAACGUUGAGAUUCUCAUCGAACGCUGGCAUCAUUGAGCAUUACUCGCGGGCUUGGAAUACUCAAGACAACCAAAACGAUCGAAUAGAGCAGGACUUCUCCGAAUUCGAGCAACUGAUUGGCCCAACAGCCGGCCACACUCCACGGUGGCCAUUCAUCAAUGAUGAAAGCCUAAAUACACCGGAUUCUGCAGAUUCAGAGCCCUUAUUUUCACCCUCCCGUAUUCCAACGACGAGGCCAAGGCCAAUAUACCAAAUCCAUGAAGGUCUUGAAGAUCUCGCCGAUCUAUAUGUUCCGCCACUUGACUCAGUGCCCGAAGCUGGCGAGGUAGAAGCACAUCUUCCACGACCUCCUCCGACAUCUCGAAUCAGCCACGCCAAGGUCAUGACAGCGGCCGAGUUCGAAGCUCUCCAAAAGCGCAAAGCCCGAGAAGAAGCUGAGAGGCGCUUCUACGGCGGUGAAGAAGAGGAAGACGACAAAGUAGACUACGAGUGUAUAGACGAUACCGAGGCUGUGAACAGGCAAAAAGCGCAGCGUAAGAAGCAGCAGGCGUAUCUCGAUGGCGGUUAUCGACAACAGAUGAUGAAGAGUACAAAUGGACCUGAUCUCCCACCAUUGCGCUCUCACUCGCGCAUCUCUUCGUCGUGGUCCAUGAAGUCGUUCAAGACGUUUCAAGGUUUGCGAGAAGAUAUCGUCCCAAGGCAUGACAACGAAGAUGAAGAUGAGGAUGUGCCUUUAGCACUUCUGCAGAUCCAGCGAAGAUCAGGCAGCAAAGCUCCAUCCGUCAUUAACUUCGGUCACACGAGGGGAGAGUCCAUCUCGCAGCUCCUACCAAUUAACAACAUCAGACAAAACUCACGAAUACCAAUGCCUGAAUUUGCAAGGAGUCUUCCGCAAGAUAUCUACCCAGGGCCCCCACAAACUGCCUGGCCUAUGAACAACCAGCAACGCAUUCCAGGUGGUUUGGUCGGCGUGAUAGCGAGCGAAGAGCGCGCCAAGAAGGCUCGCCGUGUGCCCCCGAGCACCGGCUUCCAACCUCUGCCCGACACCAACGAGGCUUUCAAUUGGGGACAGCCGGUCGGAAUAGCGCAUUCUUUUGGCCUGCCAGGGGCGCAGACCCCGAUGGCCUUCUCCAGGCCUCAAACUCCAGUUGCUGUCCCUCAGCUGCCCCCACUCCAUUCCAAUCAAGAAAUGUUCAACUUAUUGCAGGCUCAGACUGAGGUUCUGAGGUCCAUGGCGACUAUGGGCCAGAGAAGCAACCAACACUGGAAUGCCUUUUCGUCUCAGCAGCCGGUCAUGAACAUGGGGCCACCCGGUGCCGGGUCGACGUAUGCGCCGUCUCAGUACGCGCCUUCGAUCUAUGCGAAGUCGAACUACGCACCCUCAAAUUACGCCAGAUCUGCUUAUCAGCAGCUUGGGGGAUAUGCAGCGUCAGUGGCACCGUCAGAACGCAACACCGUUGGUCUUCCAAGUCGUUACAGACCAGUUUCCAAAGCUGUGAACCAAACACUUUCGGCAAAGGCAACCAAGAACGACGAAGCAAUGUCUCUCAGUAACUGGGACAACAAUAGAUCUAACAUUCCUCGUACCAGUGUUGCCAUCGAGCAAGAUAGCACGGAUGAUGACGACGAUGAUGCAUUCUGGAGAGCGAAAAGGGAGAAAAGAGACAAAAGGAGAGCGAGGUUCAUUCAGGAGAAUGAUUUAGGAAUUAAGGCAGAAUGGAUCAGCUAA